ACAAACAUGCAUAGAAAAGUUGUGAAAGUACCAGAGCUCUCAUCAUCUCUUUCGAACCCUUCAAGUACGCAACAUCUGUUUGCUGUGGCUUGUAAUUUUAAUUUGUUUGGAAUUAAGUAAUUGUGUUUUUAAAUUGAUAUUACACAAUAUUCAUUGUUCUUUGAUCCCUUGAGGAAGUCUGGUUUCUUUUCUCUGUUGGCAUUUUUGAUCAUUUUACGUACUUCCCAUUACACUUUUGGACGGUUUGUUGCUCAGAAAUCAACAAAAAGUUUUACAAAGCAAGAACAAUUUGAUUUAAUUAAUUUGUCUUUCUGAGGAGAAGCAAGAACAUAGACUAUGGCUCAUAAUCAGAUGCAUCACCAUAGUCAACACCAUCAUCAUCCUCACCAUCAGCGUCGCCACUCAUCUCAUCGUCACCAUCAUCACCAUCGUGGUGCACACCUUCCAGAGGAACAUGAGGAUAAGAGUACUUCAGAUGCCAGCAGUGGUCGCCAUCACAUUCAUGAGCAUUAUAACCAUCAUCACCCCCAAGCUGAUAGCCAUCAUCAUCAUCAUUAUCCACAAAAUCAGGAUAAACGUCACACACCGAAAAAGAAAACUCACUCUAAAGCUUCAGUCACUUCCUCAAACUCUUCUGGGUCUUCCUCUAGUUCCUUGUCAAAGACUUCAGCAAGCUCAUCCAGUUCUGAUUCCUCUUCCUCCUCCAAUUCCUCUUCAUCUUCUUCCUCCAAAUCAUAUUUCUCCAAUUCUAGCUUUUCCUCUUCCUCUGGUUCAUGUUCUUCUUGGUCAUCUGAAAACAGUCUGGAAAAUGCCCCUUUGCCUACUGAGUCCAAGCGAGCUAUUCAACAUUCAAAGCACUCACAAUCAUGUAUGGAUAUCAGCAGAGGACGGAGAGCCUUUGAGGAUGAUGAGGAUGAUGCAGAUACAAUGCCUUUAUUGGACGCUGAUGACAAACUGAAGAAGUCCACAAGCAUGGAAAAGAACCUGACUGUCAAAGAAAAAAGUGGAGGAACUGCCAAGAAGACUGCAAAAAAUUCUCAACAGAAGAAUGAAAAGGGCAAUAAGGGGCAACAACACAAUUAUGCUAAAGGGGCUGCAAGCAUAAGAAAGACCAAGUCUAUGGAGGUUCUGUCGAGGCAAACAGAUCAUGCUGGUGUUGGAGACUUGGAUGAGAAGGGGCGGGAAAAAAAGAAGCAAGAGGCUCAUAAGAACUUUGUGAAGGGGAAGAUGAAGUUUUCUGCCUUUCUGAAUGAAAUCACAAGGCAGGUGCUUAGCCCAUCAAGACUUACAUCCCUUGGGGUAACAGAUAUUCAUAGGCCCUUGAGCCCUGGUCAAACUUCAACAUCUCCAAAGACAUUGUCUCCAAAGCCUGAACACAAAAGAGAAAAGACAUCAAAAAUUACCAGAAGCCGGCUGGGAAGCAGUGCCAGCUCCAUAACAUCAACUGCUAAUUCCCAUGUCAGCAAAUACUCGCACUCCAGUAAGCAUUCUCACUCAAGUAAGCACUCCCAUUCCAGACGGCACUCACAUUCAAGCAAGAACUCCCACUCCAACAAGCAUUCACAUCCUGAAAGGGACCUCAUCUAUCAACAACAGCACCAGGCUGUUCCCAGGCAUCGAUGUGACAGUACAAAAAGUGAUACAAGCUGUACUAGUUCUUCUUCAAAAGGUCGUUCAUCUGGGACUGAACAUGGCCACAAAAUUCAGAAAAAGCACCAAAUUGCCCCCAAAGAACAGCAUUUUAAUUCACAGAAUCAUCGAACUUCACACCACAAAUCGUCUCCAUCACACCACCAUUACAACAGAGAUUAUCAUAGCCCACCUUCAUGUCCUUGUUCUCCAGAAUCAGAAAACUGCCAUCAUCAUGCCCAUCCAGAAUCGCAUCACCAUCAUUCCCAUCGAGAAUCUCAUCACCAUCAUGCCCAUCGAGAAUCCCAACGCCAUCAUGUUCAUCGAGAAUCGCAUCACCAUCAUGCCCAUCGAGAAUCCCAACGCCAUCAUGUUCAUCGAGAAUCGCAUCACCAUCAUGCCCAUCCAGAAUCUCAUCACCAUCAUGCCCAUCCAGAAUCACAUCACCAUCAUUCUCAUCCAGAAUCCCAACACCAUCAUGCCCAUCCAGAAUCUCAUGACCAUCAUGCCCAUCGAGAAUUCCAACACCAUCAUGUCCAUCGAGAAUUGCAUCACCAUCAUUCUCAUCCAGAAUCCCAACACCAUCAUGCCCAUCCAGAAUCACAUCACCAUCAUUCUCAUCCAGAAUCCCAACACCAUCAUGCCCAUCCAGAAUCACAUCACCAUCAUUCUCAUCCAGAAUCCCAACACCAUCAUGCCCAUCCAGAAUCACAUCACCAUCAUUCUCAUCCAGAAUCCCAACACCAUCAUGCCCAUCCAGAAUCUCAUGACCAUCAAGCCCAUCAAGAAUCUCAACACCAUCAUGCCCAUCCAGAAUCUCAUGACCAUCAAGCCCAUCCAGAAUCUCAACACCAACAUGUCCAUCGAGAAUCACAUCACCAUCAUUCCCAUCCAGAAUCCCAACACCAUCAUACCCAUCCAGAAUCUCAUGACCAUCAAGCCCAUCAAGAAUCUCAACACCAUCAUUCACCAUCACAUCACCACCAUGGAACUCAUCGUAGCCCAUCACCACACCAUCACUCUCUUCAUUCAGAUUCCCACCACCGUUCACCUUCUCCAUCACAUUACCAUCAUGGAUCUUACCGCAGUCCAACACAUUCUUCUAAAUCAGGGACUCACCAUCAUCCAGAAGCUCACUGCUAUCCUUCUCACGCGGAAUCACACCACCAUCAUCAUUCACCUUCACCACCACAUCACCACCAUGGAAGCCACCACACCUCAUCUUCACACCAUCAUUCCACCCAUUCAGAAACUUCCCACCAUCAUUCCCAUCCAAAAUCUCAUCACUAUGACUCGCCUCCUCCUCCUCUCCACCAACAUGGAGAACACCAUGGUAGUAUAUCUCAUCUUUCUACAGACUCAGAAACACACCAUCAGUUUGGUGUGAAAUCGCAACACCAUUAUUCUGACUUUGAAUCCUCUCAUCCCAAGUCUCACCAUCACCAUCAUCAUUCCCAUCCUAAUCACUCACCCAACCCUGAUCAUCCCCAUCACACUUCAGAUUCAGAACCAGAGCACCAUAAUUUCCACGAUGAUUGCCACUCUGAAACUCACCAAUACUCUCAUUCACAUGAUACACCUGAACACCAUUAUCAUUCUUCUCAUACUGACACUGACCAUAAUCUUCAUCACCAUCACUUGUCUGACAGUCAGCCAAAAAGCCUUGUACACUCUAAUUCACCCCAUCAUUAUGAAAAUCAUCCCAACUCACAUUCAGAGUCCACAAAUCACGGCACGUCACAUUCUAAAGGACACCUUUCCAAUUUGGACUUCCACCAUCAAAGUGAUCAUAAUUCUCCAGAACCUCACCCUCACCAUUUUCACUCAGGAAGUCAUGAUAACCCCCCUGUUGAAUCAGAUCAUUACCGUCACCACAAGUCUCAGGAAUUCCACCAUUAUUCCCAUUCACAUCACUUGUCUGACAGUCAGCCAAAAAGCCCUGUACACUCUAAUUCACCCCAUCAUUAUGAAAAUCAUCCCAACUCACAUUCAGAGUCCACAAAUCACGGCACGUCACAUUCUAAAGGACACCUUUCCAAUUUGGACUUCCACCAUCAAAGUGAUCAUAAUUCUCCAGAACCUCACCCUCACCAUUUUCACUCAGGAAGUCAUGAUAACCCCCCUGUUGAAUCAGAUCAUUACCGUCACCACAAGUCUCAGGAAUUCCACCAUUAUUCCCAUUCAAAUGCCCAUCACCAAUCCAAUCCAGAGACUACCAAUCCUCCACAUCAUGAGCAUUCAAAAUCUCAUCAUCAUUCCCAACCAGAGUCCCACCAUCAUCAUUAUCAUCACAAUGAUGAUCACCCAAGCCAUCUUCGCCACUCUCCAGUGGGCCAGCGGUCUACUUCUCCACAUUCUAACAAGUCAGAUUCAUCUGCAAGCUCCACUAUCCAGGAUGAUCAAUCUACAGUGAGCAACCAAGAGUCAUCCUCAUUCCCAAAGGAAAAGGAUUCAGAAUUGGAGAGGUUAAUGAUGCUACAGGAGCAGAAUGAGGCUCUCCACCACAGCUUGCUGCAGACCACUUUGCAAAUGAAAUGCAUGGGAGCUGAGUUCAAAACCGGACACCAGCUCCUUGAAUCUGAGUUACAAAGAACUCGCAUUGAGCUUAGCAGCUUAAUAGAGCGGUUCACAAGACUUCAGGACAACUACUCCUGCACACAACAAACCAACCACCUUCUGGAGAAAAAACUGCAUUGUGUGUCUCAAAGUACGGAUGGAGAGCGAGAGCGACUGAACGAGCGAAUCUCAGAGCUCACCGAACAUCUGUCUGCAGCGAAGACCACCAUCCACAGUCUAGAGAACAUUAAUGUCACAUCAAUGCUACAGGAUGCCCUGGUGAAGCAUCUGAAGUCUGACGAUCCCAUAACUCCACUUCCACUCGCACCUCCUCCAGCGCCGUUCAUGGACAGCGAGCUUUAUGAGAAAGCCUCCAUGCAUGCCGGUGACCAGUCGCUGGGAACCCUCCCAGAGGAGGAGGAAUCCGACUGGUCAGAGAUGGGAGAGGAGGCAUUAGACUCGGACCCGAGGGGGAGUGGUGGAAGUGCAGUGUAUUUCCAGUGGCAGCAGAGGCAAGGCGGCUGGGGACUGAUGGACACGGAGAGCGAGUCUGGAGGCGAGGAGAGCAAAUGUCAUCAAGCUCGCCACGGCCUACAGAUACCGCAUCUCAAGUUCACCGUCCACCCCGAAACCCUGCCGGUUCCCAUCGAGGAUGCCAGCCUGGCCCGCUUCAAGCAGAGUCCCGGAGGUCCAGCAUGCGACGUGUACCGGAUCACAGAGGUGCACAACCUGGGCUCCCCCAUUCGCAUGCUGUCCUCUAGCCUGGAGGAGAUCCACUCCAUCGGGCUUCUGAAGCAGCAGCAGGAUCAUCACAGCCAGCUGAGGAGCAAUAAAUCCAUGAUGGACCUGCACCUGUCACAGUCCGGCUCCAGACAAGCGUCGCACACAGACGAGGUUGUGUGUAACUGGAGAGAAGCUGGAGAGGACAGAAGCGGGAUGCUGGGUCUGGAGUCUGCUCAGAAAAUGCUCGACCACUUUAUUCACGAUGGGGAGAGCACACACCUGUGAUUAACGGGGCAUGCUCGUUAUGUGUCGAAAACAUUAGUGAUGAAGUACAGGCUAACCAUCUUGGCAACUUGCAUUUUAUCACUGAUGCAAGAAAGAAAAUAGAGAGGGGGAAUCAUAACGUGCUUAUUUUGAAUUAAAGAUAAAUUUGUCGUAGUUUAAUUUUUAAUGUUAUGCAAAAUCUUUGCAAUCUUUCACCAGCAUGUAGUAACUUGCUCUGCCUCUAAACAACGUUUCUCACUGGCAUCACUUCACUUCAUCAAUCAUUGCCAAAUAGCUAUAGUUUUAGGCUACUCUAUAGAAGAAACCGUAUGAUAUUUAAUGUAGCAGUUUAAUGCUGGUUGAUGCUUGUUAGGAAAAAAUAGAUUUGAAAAAGAAUUAUUAGCAAUGGGAUACGUCAAGAUAAAUAAAAAAAAAGUCUGUAAAAUG